GCAUUCACGGCGGAAGAAUGAACAGGCGAACACAAAUCUGGAUGGAGGAAGCGCGUAGACGACCACGUGCACGUGCUAUGGGUGUCUUGCCGAAUAGCUUCUUUCGUGUGUUUUGCUCAGGUGAAACAAGCUGUUUAAGGUUUUACGUGUGCGGUGGAGAAACUUCAAAGUGAGAGGAGAAUACAAGUAUUUAAUUAUGAAAAAGAAGCAAUCACUUAAAAGGAAAACUUGUGAUGUUCUGGAGCAGCAGUCCACAUCUGAUGAUUAUGUCAUAGGUCAAGUAGCAGGAUGCCUAUUCACCAAUACGUGUGCCAGCAGUACUGGCAGCUUAGCCUCACUGUUUAAAACUGAAAGCACUCCUGCCAAGCCAGUAUACAUUACUGCUUCAAAGGUAAGCCCUGAGAAAAGACCACGCGCUGAAGAUGUGACUGCUUCAAACAUUGCACACAACUCUUGCUCUGUUAAAAAACAGAAAAAGUUAAAAGAGCGAAUAGUUAGUCUUGGUGAGCAGAAACUGCUUGACAGGGAGAGCUCACUGAAAACAGCAGAAGAAGAAAAAGGAAAACUAACAUUGUCCAAAACAAAGAAGAAAUCUAAGGCAUCUCCAUCUGAGGCUUCGUUUGAAGACUUUCAACAUGAGCGGAAAAAGAAAAAGAUAAACUGGGCAGAGGAAAGGCUGAAAAACAAAAGAACAAUCUUUGUUGGCAACUUGCCUAUCAGUUGCACUGAAAAGACACUCAAAAGUUUAUUUAAGGAAUAUGGAUCCAUUGAAUCUAUGCGUUUUCGCUCGGUGGUUCGUGGAGAAAAAAAGAUGUUAAAAAAAGUUGCAACAAUUAAACGGAUUGUACAUCCAAACGCAACCAGCAUCAAUGCCUACAUUGUGUUCAAGAGCGAAACGGAUGCACUGAAUGCUUUACAGAGGAAUGGAAAUGAAAUUGAACAUGGAUACCAUAUCAAAGUGGACCUUGCAUCUAGGAGUGAUUCACAUGACCACAAGAAAUCUGUCUUUGUGGGAAAUCUUGCUUAUGAUGUAAAAGAUGAAGAGCUAAGGGAACACUUCCUAGAAUGUGGAGAAAUUGAAGGUAUUAGGCUGAUUAAGGACAGAAAUACUGGCCUUGUUAAAGGUUUUGGCUAUGUACUGUUCAAGAGUGCAGAUUCUGUGCAACUGGCAUUGAAGUUAAAUUCCUCAGAACUGAAGGGAAGAAAAUUAAGAGUUCAACGAUCAGUAAAGAAACAAAGGCAAAAUAAGAACACUCUGGCAAUACAAAUGGUGCACACUGGAAAAAAAACUGCACCCAAAGCAACUGCAAAAGGCUCUUCCAAGGGCAAGUCUGGAAAAUAUUUUAAAGAAAAUGCUCACCCUGCUUUUAUAGGGGAAAUGGCUAAGGAUGGGAUGAGAAAUAAAAGUAAAGGACCAAAAAAAGCAUUCAGAAAAAAAGAUAGAAAAAGAAAAUAGUAAAAAUCAACAUUGUAAA